AGAGGGGCAUGUGCUAGGGGAUGGGGGACUUUGCCCCUAUCUCUGUGCUCAGCCUGAUGCCUUCGAGGAGAAUACAUAUUAGGCUUGCCUUCGAGCAUGACCAUAGCUCAUAUUUUGUAUUCUCAACCCAAGGACUCGAUUCCCCUUGACCUACACAUUCCGGACUUUGGAUGGCACCUGUUCCCCACGGUGGUGGCUACGAUCUACACUAUUCUAACUCUCCCAUCGCUCCUGUCAAUCCAUACCAUCAAACUCCGGGUAGAAUUCCUCACGGAGGAGGCUACGAUCUUGGAGCAUCCUAUUCUAGCCCACUAGCCAACACUCAACCUCAACCCCUCGCCGCUCCAGUAUGUUUGCCGCUCAAUCUUUAG